AUGGAGAUCUUUGGCAUGCUGGGGGAGAGACUGGGGAUAAUUGGCACAGCCGACAAGGCGAAGGACAAGGCUGAGGGAGCAGAACUUCCCCAUUGGAAGAAGCAGUUCUUGCAGAAACCCUCCAUCUCGGUACGGAAAGGCAUUGCAUGGAGCUAUACUCCUCCCUACGAGGACACCGAUACGCUUGUCCUGACCUCUCCUCAAUCGUCGUUCAUUGACAUCAGGUUCCCCAUCAAGCGACAGCUGUCCAGGCCAAUAACGUCAGAUCCGUCGUUCUGGGCGUUUGCUGGAACGUCCGACAUCACCUUUGCCUCCUCCACGGGUGAUACGAUUACAAUGCCGUACUCGGCACACUGCGUAUGGAAGCACGACAUUGACUCAAAGGGCCAUGGCAUCACGGACGAAGGAGAUCUGUUCUUGCUCCCCAACGCCGACUGCAUCGAGGUGGGGAUGAUGCAGAACCCCAACACUGGCAAGGUUGAGAUGUACAAGGAAUACUGGACAGGGCCGCCCACCGAUGUGGCUUCGUCAGGUGCUGCACUAAACAUCUCUACGCCUUGUGUCGUUGCAAAGACGCAAGCUUCCACCGAGACGGGAGUCGUCAUCAGGAUAGGCAACUACUGUCAAGCCAUCAUGCACCAGCGCACCGGAGAACAAGGUCGGACUGAAGCAGGAGGACAUUCCGUCCUGGUGGAGAGAUGGACGAGAAGUCUCGUCGAGCCGAGCGACGCAGCAGGCUGGAUUCAGGACUGGCGCAGCAACACGCCUUGUGACAACGGAGUGUUCAUGCCAUGUAUGUGGACUUGUGACGGGGCGAGGAAGCUCGGAGACGAAAUCGUCGUCCAGGGUAUCACCUGGAAGAUCGUGGAGUUGGUGCACGCGACAGCCGCCAACGAGGAGGUCUGA